AUGUAUUUCAGUUCCAGAAUGAUUGCUUCAGUGAGCCCUAGCAUGAAUUUCUCCUCCUUCCAUCUCACUGGAUUUUCUGGCCUGGAGCAACAAUAUCCUUGGCUCUCCAUCCCCUUCUCCACCAUCUGUGCCAUGGUGCUCCUGGGCAACUGCCUGGUGCUGCAGGUGAUCCGGACAGAGCCGAGCCUGCACCAGCCCAUGUUCUACUUCCUGGCCUUGCUGGCCCUCACGGACCUGUGCAUGGGGCUGUCCACAGUGCACACGGUGCUGGGGAUCCUGUGGGGGCUCAGCCAGGAGGUCGGCCUGGAUGCCUGCAUUGCCCAGGCCUAUUUCGUCCAUGGUCUGUCCUUCAUGGAGUCCUCUGUCCUUCUUGCUAUGGCCUUUGAUCGCUACAUCGCCAUUUGCCACCCACUACGCUACUCCUCCAUCCUAACUAAUGACAAAAUCAUAAAAAUUGGGGUGGCGAUUUUAUGUAGGAGUACAUUACUCAUACCUCCGGCCAUCAUUCGCCUGAAGUUCUUAAAUUACUGCCGCCCCCGCAUCCUGUCUCACUCUUUCUGCCUGCACCAGGACCUCCUCCAUCUAGCUUGCUCAGACAUCCGCUUCAAUAGCUACUACGCCCUGAUGCUGGUCGUUUGCACACUAUUGUUGGAUGCUGUUCUUAUCCUUGUGUCCUAUGUCCUGAUUCUUAAAUCAGUCCUGGCAGUUGCCUCUCAGGAGGAGCGGCGUAAGUCAUUUCAGGCCUGCAUCUCCCACAUCUGUGCUAUCCUCGUGUUCUACAUCCCUGUGGUCAGCUUGACCAUGGUGCACCGCUUUGGCAGGCAUCCCCCCGUGGUCCAUGUCCUCAUGGGCAACAUCUACAUUCUUUUCCCACCUUUCAUGAACCCCAUCAUCUACAGUGUCAAGACUCAGCAGAUUCGCAGCAGAAUACUCAGACUCUUUUCUCUGAAAAGAUAUUGA